AUGGACAGGUUUACGCAGAAUCCAGCCGAGUUAUUUAGGGGUGUAGGAGGAUUUGCCAUCGCAGGAGGAAUUGGCUCGCUCAUCAAACAUUCAUUUUCAAGUAUCAUUAUAGGCAUAUAUGAGGUCAUUAUCGGUGCCAUCAUCAUUUUUCUGGAGAUUCGAACGCCUACAGAAGAACACAAAGCUCUCAUUCACGAAUAUGCGAGCUUCAUGCAUUCUUUCGUUGGUCGAGGUGUCUUCUACCUCUUACUUGGUGUGCUCAUGCUCAACUACUAUACUAUUCUUUACGUUUGCGGUACGGUUGUAGGAUUCGUCGGAUUGGCGUAUAUAGCCUUAAAUUUCGUUCAAAUAUUCGAGCCGCCUUCCACAAUGCAACCUCCUAAUACCGACCCUGAAGCUCAACCUGUUUGGCAAGGACCCACAGAGUAA